AUGGCAGCCGCAAUGUCUGAUAUACCUGCAGAUACCGCAAACCCGAAGUCGCGACUCGUACGAUCGCUCGCGCGACAUGUCUCCGCGCCCGUGAACCCAAUGACUCUCGAAUACCGUCGACCAAGUGAGGGAAGUGCCAACGCCAACCACCAACAUUCCCUACCAUCUCCAAGGUCACCGCAGACAACUUCAAGAUCCAAACAUGGCCUCCUGGAUGAGUUGCCUUGGGUGCAGUCACUUGCAGUUCGUCUACGUCGUGAUCGGGACAACUGGCGCUCGCUUGCUCUAAGGCAAGAACAGGAUCUCAAAGCUGCCCAUAAAGACCUCGAAGACCAAGUCCGCAGUACCUCUGAGAUUGAGGAGGAGAAUGCCAAACUCCGGUUCCGCCAUGAAGAGGAUACAACAGCUGGCAAACAGCUCUACUCGCGCUUUCAGGUACUCGUCUCCAAGCACGACAAGCUUGUAGACCAGUUCAAUGAUGCUGUACGGACCGUCGCCCGCAUUAAGAAGAGCGACCGUACCAAGGACAAGGUGCAACAGCGCAAUUUGAGAUUGAAGGCCACACUGCAAAGGUAUGCAUCUCAGAGUACGUCAGCCACCACCCAAGCAGCUGCAGACACCGAAGCUACGCUGAGAGAGGCUCUUGCACUGGCUAGUGAACGUAUCGAGGAGCUGGAGACGAGGGGUGAGGCGAUGCUUGAUGCAUUGGAGAGGCGCAAUGAUAGCUGUGGCAGUGACGACGAUGAAGAGAUGAGGGGAAGGGAUGUCGAGGCACGACUAUUGGAAGCCGAAGUAGCGUUCCGCGGUAUCCUUGGGGAUGAAUCGUUCAAAGAGCAGAAAGAGAUCUGGCCGGAGCUGCUGGACGAUUGA